AUGAGACUUAUGGCUCCAGAAGAAUAUCUUACAUCAAAGAAAACUAAACCAAAGAUUAUUCAAUUGGAUGACAACGAAGACAAUGACAACCAAAGUCCUCAUCAGGAGAACAGGCCUUUGAUUAAUGCCAAUGAGUUUCAUAAUAGUAUUGAACCGACUCGUGAGAUGACACCGAACGGCAUCCCAUCGGCGCCUCCCGAAGAGGAAUACCGACCGACGGGUUUGGCCGACAACAACACCCGCACACUAUUUAUGCAAAAGACGGCAUCGUUAAGCUUUCUAAUAAGUUAUGCGAUAACGCAAAGCACUGCCAAAGCGUUUCUAUACGCCAUGGGUUCCAGUGAUUUGUGUGAUUUGGGUGUAGUUUUGGGCUCAAGAGGUCGUUUGGAUUUCACUAAAUGGCGUUAUAUAUCAUUAAUUCCGUUAUCAAUGAUUGGAUCCAGUAUUUUGGCGCCGAGUAUUCUCGGCCUUUCGGUCAAACAUACGAUUUGGCCGUCAAUUAUCAUGACCUCUGCCAACACCUAUUUGGCCGCCAAUACAGUGCCCGUCAUUCGCCACAACGAUCUUAAGCUGGAACCGAGUGAAUACGUGUUCGCCGUGAGUCAACUGUAUCUAAAUCCGGAACAAUCCAUAAGAUAUCGAAUUAAGAAAUGGUUUCUCGGACAAAUCGACGAAAUGGUAAUCAGUAUUGCAUUGAAUGAAUUGACACUCAUUUUGGACAUUAAAUUGCAGUCAAGAGCCGGCGAUUCAACGGACAGAACACCUCUUCACUGGGCAUCGAGUGAUGGGAAGAGAGAUCUGGUCCUCAAACUCGUGACCGAAGGCGCGGACAUUGACGCCACCGAUGAGAUGGGUUGGACACCAUUGAUGAUCGCCGUCUCCGCCGGUCAUCAGCCGGUCGUCGAGUUAUUGGUGGAGAAGAAGGCGGACAUGAAUGCCGUCAACACAACCGGUCAGUCGGCUCUGCAUUACGCGGCCUCUAAGGACCGGCUCGACAUCGCUCGGUAUCUGAUAGACAGCGGCGCUCACAUCAAUCUCAGGGAUAAACUCAAUCAGACACCGCUUCACAGGUCCGCCUCUAAAGGCAACCAAAAGAUUGUUGAGCUUCUGUUGAGCCGAUCGGACAUCCAAUUGAAUCCACAGGACGUCGUCGGCAAUACUCCACUGCAUUUGUCGUGCGAAGAGGAGCGGACAGAAGUGGCCAAAGUGCUGAUCAAAGCCAAAGCUCUGACUGACAUUCAGAAUAAGGAUAAAAAGUUGGCUUUUGAUCUCUGUCUUAACGAAUCAGUGAAGCGUUUGUUAAGUAAU